AUGAAACUAUUUGUGGAAAGACAAGAGAAGUUCCAUGCAGAAGCUAACAAGACUUGCUGGAAAGCAAUUGCAGAACUCAUCCCAAAUGAAGUGCCAACUAUAGAGAAGAAGGGGAAGAAGGAGAAAGAAAAGCAGCCAUCCAUUGUUGUGAUCCAGGGCCCCAAGCCUGGUAAACCAACCGAUCUUUCAAGGAUGCGUCAUAUACUUGUGAAGCUUAAACACAAUCCACCAUCCCACAUGAAGCCUACACCGCCACUGUUGUCAGAAACCAAGACAGAUGCCAAAACUGGCACUUCACCUCCGGUUGCCGCCUCUCCUUCUAAGCAGGCCUCUGUUCCUGUUCCCGAGGCUUGAGAGUGUAAGUGGUGGCAUGCUACAUUUGAUUCUGUUUGUAAAAAGAAGUUAGCAUAAGCAGAGAUGUUGAGUUUUGUAUUAUAGUGGACCUUGAAUGUGUGGAAGUUUUAGAGAUUUAGGGGCAUUUCUGUAUGUACAAAAGGCAGUCUGUGGCUUGUUUUGAUUUUGUUGGAUUUAUGUCUACUCCAUUGUAAUUUUAAUGUUCUGCUGUUCUUCAUCCCCUUUUCCUUCUACAAUGUUUCUGUCUUGUUGUUUU